AUACUAAGGUCAAAUUUUAACAUAACCAUAGUUAAGAAGUCGGUUUAUAUUUGAGCCAGCAUUCUCCUUCGAAACAUCUACAACAUAGAUAGAAAGAGAGAAAGGGAAAGUUCAAGAUAAUGAUGAUGAUCAUUGGAAGAGAGACUCUUCAUUCAAAUCCAACGGUGCAAGUCCCUCCAUGGGACUCAACCCUUGAUGAUCCCACGGAUCAUAUCCAUUCCGUUUUCUUUGAUGAACUCGAAAUGGCGGGAUACGACGAGGUUGGGGAAUACGAUGAUGUUCCCAUGGACGCAUUCUCAUGCGAUCAUUUCCGCAUGUAUGAGUUCAAGGUCAGGAGGUGUGCACGUGCCAGGUCACAUGACUGGACAGAGUGUCCGUACGCUCAUCCCGGAGAGAAGGCUCGCCGUCGUGAUCCUCGGAAGUUUCAUUAUUCCGGCAACCCAUGCCCGGAGUUUCGUAAAGGUACGUGCCAGAGAGGUGACACGUGUGAGUACGCACAUGGCGUUUUCGAGUGUUGGCUUCAUCCUUCUCGCUACCGUACUCAGCCGUGUAAGGACGGCGUCCAGUGCCGCCGCCGGAUCUGCUUCUUUGCCCACACUCCAGAACAGCUCCGCCUCUUGCCGGUGAGUCAUAACGGAUCGAAUCACCUAGAGUCAUACGAUGGUUCUCCGAGUCGAUUCGGUGUGGACUCGCUCAUCGGGACAUCUCCAACGUCUACACUCUACCGGUCACCAUGUUCUCCGCCGUUGUCACCUGUGUCGUCGAUUGGUCCAAACUCGGUGAAUGAACUCACCUCCUCCGUUCGUAAUCUGCAGAUCGGAAACGGCGGAAGGUUGAGCAUGAGUCCGAUGAGUGGGUUCUGUUCCCCACGAAGUCUGUCUAUUCUCCGACCAGGGUACACGAGUCUUCCGUCAACUCCAACUCGUAACUCGAGUCGAACAUGUGUCAACUCGUUUGAUCUGUGGGAUCAAGGAUGUACAACCGAGGAGCCGAUUAUGGAAAGAGUGGAAUCUGGAAAGGAAAUUAGAGCCAAGAUAUACGCGAAGCUGAGUAGAGAGAACUCGCUGGGUGGGCGAGUCGACUCGUCUGGACUGGUGAGCUGAUGAUGAUGAUGGUGGUGGUGGGUUGAAUUCUUUUUGAAAAAUUGUGUGAAUAUUAUUAUAUCUAAUAUGUUGAUAGAAACUGUUUAUGAAUGUGAUGAUAUGAUAUGAUAUGAUAUGGUAUGAGGGAAGGGGAGAUUAAGGCCAUUAAUCUCUGGUUUUGGAAAACUUGUAGAAAGGAGGGGACAUGAAGAACUAAUUUCGAUGUAAUUCAUUUUUUUGUUUUUUUAUGAAUUUGUUUUCUUGUUAUUCAGCAAUCAAUCGUAAUCGUAAUCGUAGAUGUAAAUGGUUGUGUUUAAUUGUUAUGCUUAAUUUCUUAGAAAGGAAACAUGUGCUAAUAUUAGUAGGAUGUUACCUCUUUA